ACAAGUACGUCACUUUCUACCCAAUGAUGGCGACUGAACGAUUUUACAGCACAAGAGGCUAGACCCGUGUUACCACAAAAACAAUAUUGUCAAAGUAACAACUAAAGGCGAAAUAACAGUGUAUUAUAGUGACAACAUAGUUAAGAUAAAGGAGGAGAGGAGCAUCAUCUUGCAGUUAUGUUUCGGGGUUGUCCCGCCAACGUUCUCCGACCAUAAUGUGAGACGGAGAAAAAGGGGAUCUUGGACCGAGCACCACAGUCAUAAUCUGGAUGACAAACAUUGCUCAGUGGUGAUUCUGUCACAUCAUCCACGCUGGCUUUAUUUAAAAAAAGCUAGCUGUAUGAUAUCCAUUCACCACGAAGAAAGUCAUCUGACAGCUAGUAUUUCAUCGUCGAAACCCCGGGAGGGGAACCGCUGAGGAAGGAUGAAAUUCACGGAGCACCUUUCGGCGCACAUCACUCCUGAAUGGAGAAAACAAUACAUCCAGUAUGAGGCUUUCAAGGAUAUGCUGUAUUCUGCCCAGGACCAGGCACCCUCUAUCGAAGUCACCGACGAGGACACGGUCAAGAGGUACUACGCCAAGUUUGAGGAGAAGUUCUUUCAGACGUGUGAGAAGGAGCUGGCCAAAAUCAACACAUUCUACUCUGAAAAGCUAGCAGAGGCCCAGCGCCGUUUCGCCACGCUGCAGAAUGAGCUGCAGUCUUCACUGGAUGCCCAGCGGGAGAGCAGCAUGCAGGGCCUCCGUCGCCGCCGCAAGGCCGUCUUCCACCUGUCCCAGCAGGAGCGCUGCAAACACCGCAACAUCAAAGACCUGCAACUGGCCUUCUCAGAGUUCUACCUCAGUCUCAUCCUGUUGCAGAACUACCAGAAUCUGAACUUCACAGGUUUCCGUAAGAUCUUGAAGAAGCAUGAUAAGAUCCUGGAGACGUCACGGGGAGCCGACUGGCGCGUGGCCCACGUGGAGGUGGCCCCCUUCUACACCUGCAAGAAGAUUACCCAGCUCAUCUCUGAGACUGAGGCCCUGGUAACACAAGAGUUGGAGGGAGGAGACAGACAAAGAGCCAUGAAGAGACUACGAGUGCCCCCACUGGGUGCUGCACAGCCUGCUCCGGCGUGGACCACCUUUAGGGUCGGCUUGUACUGUGGCGUCUUCCUCGUCCUCAUGGUCACCGUCGUCAUCACUGCUGUGGUUGUGAUAGAGAAUGCCAACGUGUGGCCACUGGUGAGGAUCUACCGCGGCGGCUUCCUGCUGAUCGAGUUCCUCUUCCUGCUGGGCAUCAACACGUACGGCUGGCGCCAGGCGGGGGUCAACCAUGUGCUCAUCUUCGAGCUCAACCCCCGCAACAACCUCUCCCACCAGCACCUCUUUGAGAUUGCUGGUUUCCUGGGGGUGCUAUGGUGUGUGAGCAUCCUGUCCUGUCUGUUCUCCAAGUCCAUCCUGGUGCCCAUGCAGGCCAACCCGCUGGUCCUCUACGGCUUCUUCUUCCUCUUCCUCAUCAACCCCUUCAAGACCCUCUACUACAAGUCACGCUUCUGGCUCCUCAAACUGCUGUUUCGUGUGGUGACAGCCCCGUUCCACAGGGUAGAGUUUGCAGACUUCUGGCUGGCCGACCAGCUCAACUCUCUAGGGGUGGUUCUGAUGGACCUGGAGUACCUCAUCUGUUUCUACAGCUUUGAGCUCGACUGGAAGCAACAAGACGGGCUACUGCGCGACAGUGGAGGCGUGUGUCACUCGUACUCGUAUGGCGUGCGGGCAGUGAUCCAGUGUCUGCCGGCCUGGUUCCGCUUUGUGCAGUGCCUGAGGCGUUACCGCGACUCCAAACGGGCCUUCCCACACUUGGUCAACGCAGGGAAAUACUCCACCACCUUCUUCGUGGUCACCUUCGCUGCCCUCUACAGCACCCACAAAGCUGAGCGUCAUGAUGACACCCAGAUCUUCUUCUACCUGCUGAUUGGCUGUUCAUUAGUCAGUUCCUGUUACACCCUGGUGUGGGACCUGAAGAUGGACUGGGGCCUGUUUGACCGCAAUGCAGGAGAUAACACCAUACUCAGAGAGGAGAUUGUCUACCCACAGAAAGCCUACUACUACUGUGCCAUACUGGAGGAUGUGCUGCUGCGUUUUGCCUGGACAAUACCCCUCUCCCUGAGCACCACCAGUGCACCGUCAGCUGCAGACAUUGUGGCUACCAUCCUAGCCCCUCUGGAGGUCUUCAGGCGUUUUGUGUGGAACUUCUUCCGCCUGGAGAACGAGCACCUGAAUAACUGUGGCGAGUUCCGUGCCGUGAGGGACAUCUCAGUGGCUCCGCUGAACGCUGACGACCAAACGCUGCUGGAGCAGAUGAUGGACCAGGAGGACGGAGUUCGGAACCGCUUGGGCAAGAAGAACUGGAAACGCUCCUACAGCAUUUCCCUGAGACGGCCACGCCUCGCUUCCCAGACCAAGACCCGGGACACCAAAGUUCUCAUGGAGGACACAGACGAUGACACCUGACAUCAGGCCAGACCCAUUGCAUCCAUAGCAUGGGUUCAGAACCUCUUUAAAGGACCACGUCCCUCCUAGGGGCAUACAACCCCUCCUCCCCCAUCAAUCAGUCGAUCAAUCAUUUGAUGACCCGCCCCCUCAUCAGUCCAUCACAGAGCUGCCUAUCUGCGUCAACACACAGAGUACAAAGACUUGAAUAUAGGCGUAUACAGAGGAUAACAAUUGGAGACAAAUACAAAUAUCACACACACCUUGGAACAGCUACUUUUAAGCCACUUUGUUUUGUUACGUUCAUGGACCAUUUAGUGCUGAGUUGACGUCACCCGUUGUUUUUUAUAUUUCAUGGGGCAUACACAAAACACCAAGACUGUGUAAAUGUUGAUGUAAAUAUCAGGAAGAACAAACGGGGAAUGGACUGUUGAUUUCAAGAUGGCUAAUCAGAAAUGAUGUAAUCUAAAAAAGACUGAGAGCGUUGGACUCUGAACAGUGAUCAGACACUCCUCUGCAAUCAGUCUGGUCCAAGACUUUCUUAUGACCUUUUUUGAUGAACAUGAUGAUGACGAUUACUGUAUUGAUGUGGCUGUCCUUUCCAUGUGUGAUAAGUUCUUCCACGAAUACCUUGGUUUUUAUUUUGUUUUGUUUAAUUAAAUUGUUAUUUAUGCGAGGGGAAAGAUGCCUAAAACAUUUGGUAGUGAAAUGGGGGAGGUUCUGAUUUGAAAUGGCUGCUAAAGUGUCUGCCUAAUGUUGCCCAAAAAUAACUGUUCCAAGAACAGGGGGAGAGGAGUUUGUUCUAAUGGUUCAGUAUGGGUCGGUCUGAAUAUAAGGCUGAUCGGUGCUUCAGGGCAUCUCAUCCUUUAAAAUGACAUUAUGUUCAAAAACCCUCAGGAGGCUCUGAUUGGACAAUUCUCUUAAAACAAGCCCACCCCUUCCCGGUCUUCAGAACCUUUAUAGGGAACAUCCCCCCCCCAUGUCUAUUUCUAUGGGCAAAAGCACAUUCCAUGACAAAAACUGUUCACACCCCCUUUUGUUGGCGGAGAGGAUUUUGCAGCUUAUUUCCUGUAAUUCUAUACAUUCUGCCAUUGGGUGAAGAUUGGGCCUUUUUUGGGCCUUUUUUAAGCUAAUUCCCUGCAGUUCUACAUAUUUUGCGUGUUCAUGUGAUAUCUGAGUGACUCAAACAUUACAACAAAAUCAAUGGGCUAAAAGACCUAGCUAAAAAACGUUAGCUGACAUGGACUAGUUGAUCUGGACAUUUCUGACAAGUUAUAAAUAGCUCUCUGAGGUCUGCAAUGACGAGGAAAACUGAUGAUGCACUACCCAAUUUCAAAAUUGCACCUUGUGCAUUCAAGAGUAAUUUGAAAGCCAGACAGUUCCCGACCCCACAGUUUGGGAACCACUGGUCUAAGGUACAACAUUUUUAGAUAGACAUUAUAGCGUAAAUGAACAUGUAAGAACUUUCUUAAAUGAAAUCAUGUCAUUUGACAACCAUGUUUGUAAGCUUUCAAAUGAUAUCACACUCAACCGUUUAUUUUUCCCCAGUGAUGUGGACGUCUCAUGGACGGUUGGGGUAUGCAAAAUGGGUCAGCUUUGAGCACCUCCAUCUCCUGAAUGCUUUGACACUCAGGUCCAAAAAGUCACUUUCUGACCACUUCCACCAUGGGCAAACAUGAAUGAAAGGUUUUGUUCAAAUCAAAAGGGGUGCAGUCAGAAAGUGAUUGAAAUCACAUGGAACAACCCCUAUACCAAUAUGGUUUAACUGUAGCAUUGUUUAUUUUCAUGCCAAAUCUUGGAUGUCUUCUUUUUAUUUACUAGUGUGAGCUAACACAGUCUCUCUCAGUAAGCCCUGGUAGGUGUGAGAAUGACAGAAUGUAUGACUAUUGCUCUUAGAGCUAGUCAAAUAUCUGAAACAUUCCAUUGAGAGUUGGGCUGUGCUUCCAAAGUGUAACGCUUCACUCAAAGCCCAUUUUAUGCUUGAUCUGAAAAUGUGGUCAGAGGCUCCGUAUGGAGGGUGUGAUGCAAUUGCGGCGUCUCCGGAGACACGCAGAGGCCAAAUUGAGCUCCAUACCCCCUCACCGUGAGCCUCCCAAAUUUUGUAACAAUGCGGAGGGCUCCGUAUAGCUACAUACACACAAACUCACUUCCUUGACAACUUCCUUUACAACAGCUCUGUGCUGCUUCGCGGAGCGCAAGAAGUAUGAACGCCCGGACUUCUGCAGAGGCCGUGUCACCGUAGAAUGCGGCACGGCCAAUGCAGACGUCAGAUUGAUCCUGCAGCACCUUUUCCUGAUAAUGCACAGUAGAUAGAAAUUACAUCUAUAGAAAAUAUAUUUCACUAUUAGGGCCCUUACUUUUUCUUGGCCAUGUGACAGUUUUUUUCUAGAGAAAACCACAUCCUAAGGUGCCACCAGCCACCUGUGAUCCCUACGUCUGUUCUAGACAUCCUAGUUCUAUAUGCGAUGUUGUGCUGCUUUGCGUCCACUAAGCACCACAGCCCAAGUCUCUUCUGAAAGCCCAGCUCUCUUCUAUCAGUAGGGUCGGUUUCCACUGACUCUGUUAUAAUUGGGCCCCAGUGUUUUUCCUGCUCAGGUGUCAGUUUGGAAAACUCCUGGUCCGUGCCAUCCCAUUAGAUCGCAGGGCUGAACACCCAAUGCCAGUUAGGAGUCACGUGUGUCUGGGGAUGUGCAGGGGUUGGCCUCUUCACCUGCCCUUAAUAUUAGUAGUUGUUGAAUUCUGCUGUAAAACAGCAUAUUCCUCUGUAGCAGAAAUCUAAGUCAUUCCAUCCAGACAGUUUUUUUUUUUUUUUUAUGUUUUAUUCCUAGCCUUGGAUGUGUUCUUAGCUCAGACACUUCUCACUUUGGGGGAUUUGUUGAAUGUAUCAUUCUGUUAGUAACUCCAGACAAUAAAUGCAAUGUGUAUGCUCUCACAUAAAGACUCCAAAGAGAAGGGUCUGCAUUGGCUCACCUAAGGAGACUUGAAUAUUAGAAUGCAUUUCAUGCGUUUCAGCUUUAAGUGUUCUGCUCUGACUGAGUAAGAACCAUUUCCCAGAAUCCCUCCCUUCCUAAAAGCCACCUGAGGGUUUUAACCCCCACUCUGUAUAACCAGGUAGAUUUACUAACACUGUAAAGAUAUAAGCAAUCGUAUAGGGCGGAAUCCUAACUUGAUAUGCCCAGAUAACUCAUCUCCCAUUGAUAUCAAUGCACGAUGUUCAAAGGUUUGAGUUAACCCAAGUAUAUCUCAGGUUAGGUUUUGGCCCAUACUUCUCAAGCUGCAUUUCGUAGUUCAUAGGUCAACUGUAAUGGUGAUUAUGGAAAGCCUGAUGGAGCUUAAAUGUGGUCUAGGGGGAACUAGUCUUAAAUAAUGUGGUGAAGGAGAGAACCUAGAAAAGACAACAUGGUGAUCUAUUAGUGUCUCCGUUCCAAGUAACACCUUAUUGCUGAUAUACUGCACAAGAAGUAUCAUGCUAUAUUGGACUAUAUAGGGAAUAGGGUGUCAUUUGCGAUGUGCCCAGUCUUUUUAUGGUUGAGCUUUCCUGUCGGCCUUGCCCAGCUCAGAUGGGAUUCUCCACAGAGGCCCAUAGACUUGAAUGGAGCUGGUGAGCAAUAACGGCCAUGCGUAAUCCCUGUCAUAAGUCUUAAUAAGUGUUAAGCAAUGUUUGUACCCGAGGGAGGAGGGGACCCCAGUGUCUCAGGGCAAACUGUUGAUUUUCAUUGGGCCUCAGUGCUUUGUAGAUCAAUGAGUCAAUAUUUAACUAGAUUCCACCUCAUCCGAUUGUCCAAUUUCUGACAAAAAUAAAUGAUUUGCCAUAA